AUGAUGAACACAUUGGAACGAUGUCAAACUGUCAUUAUUGAAUUACCGGAAAAUAGCAUUGUGUAUGAUUGGUUCUAUGCAAUUCAUACAUUUUAUAGUCCCAUUCAUACAUAUUUAUCUAUUGUAUUAUGCAUUUUGGGUGCUAUGUGUAAUUUUUGCAAUAUUGUUGUACUUACAAGAAAACAAAUGCGCACACCGGUAAAUAUGACCUUAACAGCAAUGGCAUGUUGUGAUACGGUAGUACUGUUUUCCAAUUUGAUAUAUACGACACACCAUACAUUUGCAACAUUUGCCAACUGUCAUCCAAAACAAUGGAGCUAUGGUUGGGCUAUAUUCCUAGUAUGCCAUGCACAUUUAUCACUUAUUGGUCAUUCCAGUAGCAUUUGGUUAUCGGUUAUGCUAGCAUUAAUACGAUAUAUGACGUUACGAAGUAGAAGGAAGGUCAACGUCAUGCAGAUCCAUCUGCGACAUUCAUACAUGGCUAUAGCAUUUGUUGUUUUAUUUGUCACAUUGAUGAAUACACCAAAUUUCCUUGCUUAUAAAAUUAUCGAAAUGAGGCUUAGUGAAACAUGUAAUAUCACUGAUAUUGGUAAUCGUGAUGCAUUUGCAUAUAUACCCGGUGUUUCUGACUUGGCACUUGAAGCACAUUGCCUGAUAUUUCGGAUGGCAUUCUGGAUAUCAGGUACGAUUUUUAAGAUGAUACCUUGCUUAUUAUUAUCAUCUCUUGUUUGGCUAUUGAUGAAAAUUCUAACAAGAGUGCAACAAAAUCGAGUCAAACUUUUACAUCAUUCAACUUAUUACUACAAUCAAAAAUAUGUUGGCAAAAAGAAAUAUUGCGGAAAAGAAAAAAUACCACUGAUUCGCAUUUAUCAACAACUGAUCGUUGUGCCAAGAAUGAUUAAUUUCAGGAUAAAUACGAGUGUCGUUUAUCGAACAGAUCGUACCACUCGUAUGUUGUUAACAAUUUUAUGCGUAUUUUUAAUCACCGAACUACCACAAGGUAUUAUGAUGGUACUUUCUGGUAUCCUUCCAGAAGCAUUCCGACGCCAUAUUUAUAAUAGUCUUGGUGACCUGUUGGAUUUAUUAUCACUUUGCAACGCAUGUACAACAUUUGUUAUCUAUUGCUCAAUGAGUGAACAGAUAAAUACGAGUGUCGUUUAUCGAACAGAUCGUACCACUCGUAUGUUGUUAACAAUUUUAUGCGUAUUUUUAAUCACCGAACUACCACAAGGUAUUAUGAUGGUACUUUCUGGUAUCCUUCCAGAAGCAUUCCGACGCCAUAUUUAUAAUAGUCUUGGUGACCUGUUGGAUUUAUUAUCACUUUGCAACGCAUGUACAACAUUUGUUAUCUAUUGCUCAAUGAGUGAACAGUUUAGAAAUGAAUUUAAACAAGUAUUCCUGCCAAAUUCACUAUUCGGUUAUAAGUUAACACGGAAGUUACAAUGGAAUCAUAAAGAGUCGUCAUCAUCUACGCAUUCAUCUAAUGGCAGAAAUUCCAAGAAUAUCUUUGAAUUACCAGCAAAUAUCUUGAAUCGGAAUACUAAAGAUGUUUGUCCAAUGGUGACAGCAACAUCGGAAUUACUAAUGGAAAGUUCGUUAACCUAA